AUGAGCUGGGGAGUUCGGAACAAGGGCAUACCCCACCAGGCGAUCAAGCACAACCAAAAGAUCGUGAAGAACCACUUCCACAAGGACUGGCAGCGUCGCGCCGGCAAGAAGGCUUCCCGUCGCACUGCCCGUCAGGCCAAGGCCGCUGCUCUGGCUCCCCGCCCCGUCGACAAGCUCCGUCCCAUUGUCCGAUGCCCUACCCUCAAGUACAACCGCAAGGUCCGCACCGGCCGCGGUUUCACCCUCACUGAGCUCAAGGAGGCUGGCAUCACCCGUCCCCUCGCUCCCACCAUCGGUAUCGCCGUCGACCACCGCCGCCAGAACCUCUCCGAGGAGUCCCUGGCCAUCAACGUCGCCCGCCUCAAGGCCUACAAGGAGCGCCUGAUCCUGCUGCCCCGCAAGUCCAACGCCCCCAAGAAGGGUGACACCAAGACCGACCUGUCCCAGGUCAAGACCGCCGCCGACGUCGCCUCGGUCUUCCCCAUCGCCGCCACCGACCUCGCCGUCAAGUACAUCAAGAAGGGCGACAUGCCCGCCCCCGUCAAGGGCGGCGCCUAUGUGGCCCUCCGCCAAGCUCGCGCCAACAAGCGCUACGCCGGCGCCCGCGAGAAGCGCGUAAAGGACAAGUCCGAGGCCGACAGUGCCAAGAAAUAA